GUCCUGGCACCGAGAACUUAGGACUUGUUAGCUUGUCUGGGCUGCUAACAAAUUCUUCCCAGGCUAGACACCCUGGCUAGGCAAUUGGUUCCGAACCCAGGGCCUGGCGACGUCGGAUCACGUGACCGGCUUUCCUACAUGACGAGCGGGCUGCUGAGCGUCACCGGGACGUUCAGGCGACCUUCGAAGUGGCCAGGCUACCUUCGUCACCUGUGCUGUCGGGGUGCUGUCAUGGACCUGGGACCGAUGCGCAAGAGUUACCGCGGGGACCGAGAGGCAUUUGAGGAGGCUCAUCUGACCUCUCUGGACCCCAUGAAGCAGUUCGCGUCCUGGUUUGAGGAGGCUGUUCAAUGUCCGGACAUAGGGGAAGCCAAUGCUAUGUGUCUGGCUACUUGCACCAGAGAUGGGAAACCCUCCGCCCGCAUGCUGCUGCUGAAGGGCUUUGGCAAGGAUGGCUUCCGCUUCUUCACUAACUACGAGAGCCGAAAGGGAAAAGAGCUGGACUCUAAUCCCUUUGCCUCUCUAGUCUUCUACUGGGAGCCCCUGAACCGGCAGGUGCGCGUGGAGGGACCCGUGAAGAAGCUGCCUCAGAAGGAAGCUGAGAACUACUUCCAUUCCCGGCCCAAGAGCAGCCAGAUUGGGGCUGUGGUCAGCCGCCAGAGUUCUGUGAUCCCCGACAGGGAGUACCUGAGAAAGAAGAACGAGGAACUGGGGCAGCUCUACCAGGAACAAGAGGUGCCUAAGCCAGAAUACUGGGGUGGCUACAUCCUGUACCCCCAGGUAAUAGAGUUCUGGCAAGGCCAAACCAACCGCCUACACGAUCGCAUUGUCUUCCGGCGAGGCCUAACAACAGGCGACUCCCCGCUGGGACCCAUGACCCACCAGGGGGAGGAAGACUGGGUAUAUGAGAGACUUGCACCUUGACUCUGGACUCAGAAUUCUGGGGAACCAUCAGCUGAAAGAGUGCGGGAGAGCUGCUAAGAGAGAGUGAAGGACUAAAGCCGGGUCUUCCUUUCUCUGUGUGGUGGGGGGCAUUUGGGUUUAAACCUGGGACCUGGCUCAUGGUAGCCAACGCUCUCCCACUGAGCUUAGUCCCAGUGUUUUCUUAACCUUCUAUUUUGUGACUAAGUUGACUAGGCUGGCCUUGAACUCGCUGUGUAUAUACAUAUAUAUCCCUGACAAGUCUUGGCCUUGAGUUCUUGUGGCACACAGCCGUUUGAGUAGCAGUGAUUACGGGCUUGUGCCACCCAGCCCAGCUCUAGUCCUGGCUUUCAAACUAAGUCCAUUUCCCUUCCUAUCCCUUAUAUCUAAGUCUCUGCAGGGCUCACCCUCUGAGUUCUCCAAACUCAGCUGUAGUGGAGUGUGGUCGGUUCAUAGAGAGUCACAAUGGCAAAGAAUCUCACGAUCAUCUCCCUUGGCUUUGCUUGUGGCUUUUGGAAAAGCCCAUCUUAGAGACAGCGGCUGGUGUGACUCAGUUUCCAGCAAUAGAAUAAUCAGGCUGCAGACGUGGGAGGCUUACCGGCCAUGGAAAGGAGCCAAGGCCAAUCCAUGUUUGCUGUGACUCAGCCAGGAUCAGAGAACUACUAUUUGUUCUGGUUGGCCUUGAACUUGUUACUGGGGACACCGUACUUCUUUUGACUUUGUGGGUGUGUGCUUCAGGCUCUGUCCCUGAUAAGAGCUCCUCCCAAAGCAAUCCUCUCCUGUGUUGAUCCCCCACUUAAGCCUGGGUCUGGAAGGACAUUGAUUCUGGGGCCACCUCCAGGGACUUUUGCUGUUGUGCCAUGGACUAUGUCUUUAUUAGUACAUGCAAAUGAGUUGUUGAAGACAAGUGUUGUACCCCACUUCUUUUAGGGGGUUGUGUGUCCCCCAUUUUUAGUGUGAUCUCAGCUGUCAUUUUCAACAUGCAAGUGUGUAAUAAAAAUUUGUCGGCCAUGUGUGA